GCUACGUCUACCGCGGACUUCGACGCAGAGUAAGAUUACGCCGAGAUUGUCUUAGAUUGUAGAAUCUAAUAUUUUGUUUACAUAGAACAAUCACUGCGACCGUUAAUUCAACAGAGAGGUGGGUACCAGUCAUUCCAUCCCAAUCCAAGUAACUGGUUAUCCGAAAGCAACAUGGCUGAAAAUGGUUAUUCCGGUGGAUUUGAAGCCACAGAACAUUUCACGUUCGAUAAUCUGAGACGCAAUCGUCUCCAAAGAAGCGGUCUUCCCAGUCCUUCACACAGUGCUCAUGGCGUAUUGAUUCGAACCAGCCUCAGAAAAUUGAGCUCGGAGAAAAAAGCCAAGAAAGUCCGAUUCUAUCGAAACGGCGACAGGUUCUACAAAGGUAUCGUGUUGGCGGUAUCUCUGGAAAGGUUUCGCAGUUUUGAGGCACUGCUAGCGGACUUGACGCGUACAUUGAAUGAUAAAGUGAGUCUGCCCCAAGGUGUUCGUACAAUCUUUACAAUCGAUGGGGGUGGAAAAAUUAACAGCCUUGAUGAUUUAGAGGAAGGUCAAAGCUACGUCUGCGCGUCGACCGAUGUUUUCAAACGAAUCGACUACAAGAAAACAACCAACCCAGAAUGGAAGGUUGGAUCCACAACUCCCAAAAUGAAACGGAAAGGGGGAGCCACCCCAGGGGGUGCAGUCAGCGGUGGAGGAGGUGGUGCCUUUUUCGAGAAUGAUAGCAUCGAUGGUGGUAGCCAGUUAAUUUUAGACGAGAGAGAUUUCAUAAAGCCUAAGUUAGUGACAAUAAUAAAAAAUGGACCAAAACCCAGAAAAGCGGUUCGUAUACUUCUGAACAAAAAGACAGCACACAGUUUUGAGCAGGUUCUGAACGACAUCACCGAUGCCAUCAAACUGGAUUCCGGAGCGGUACGCAAGUUAUACACAGUGGACGGACGACAGGUUGCUUGUCUUCAAGAUUUCUUCAAAGAAGAUGAUGUUUUCAUUGCAUAUGGACCAGAAAAAUAUUCUCAUGAUGACUUUGAUCUUGAUAAUGGCGAGUGCAAGACAGUGACUCCAUAUCGUUCUUCCCCAAGACGUUCAAAGCGUGUAUUACUAAAAAGCCCUGGGACAACUCGUCGAAAAGCUAGUGCUGGAUCUAUUCAGAGUUCGCCAUCAAGAUCAAGUUCAGCCAGUAGUAAUGCCAGUGAUCUAGCUGUGAAUGGAGCGCCAAGUGCAAUCACUGAAAAAUAUGAUGUUGGUAAAGUCAUUGGAGAUGGAAAUUUUGCUGUUGUCAAAGAAUGUGUGGACAGGGAACACAUGAUAGAGAGUGAAGUUGGAGUCUUACGUCGUGUGAAACAUCCAAACAUUAUUAUGUUGAUAGCCGAGUAUGACGGACCAAGUGAAUUGUAUCUUGUCAUGGAAUUAGUCAAAGGAGGUGAUUUAUUUGAUGCAAUACAAUCUGCCACAAAAUACACUGAGCGUGAUGCUAGCGGUAUGAUAUACAACCUGGCGAGUGCUGUCAAGUACCUGCAUAUGAUGAAUAUACUACAUAGGGAUAUUAAACCAGAAAAUCUUCUGGUUUGUGAACAUGAAGAUGGAAGCAAGUCAAUAAAACUGGGAGAUUUUGGACUGGCUACCAUAGUAACAGAGCCACUUUUUACUGUAUGUGGGACUCCCACAUAUGUAGCACCAGAAAUACUCAUGGAAAUAGGGUAUGGCUUAAAAGUUGAUGUAUGGGCAGCUGGUGUCAUCACCUACAUACUUCUUUGUGGCUUCCCACCGUUCAGAAGUGAGAAAGGUGAACAAGAUGAAAUAUUUGAUCAUAUUUUAAUCGGCGGAUUUGAAUUUCCGUCUCCUUAUUGGGAUGAUAUUUCGGACUCUGCCAAAGAACUGAUAAGUGGAAUGUUAGAAGUUGACACAGAGAAAAGAUUGUCAGCCUCAGAAGUCUUGGACCAUCCCUGGGUUGCUGAUGACACUGCAUUAGAUAAAGAUAUGCAGAUUACCGUAGCUCGUAAAAUAAGCAUGCAUUUUAAUACUAAACCUAAGACAUCGUCAAAGGCUGCUGGUAUAGCUCUGAUAACAGCCACAGCUCUGGAUAAAGGUGAUCAUUAUUUUACUGGAAGACGUGCUGCGGACUCCAAUAAAGGAGAUGAUGAUUACACAUUUUAAUAUUACACAAAUAAUGGCCUUAUAUCAAUAUAGAACAAAAUCCAGGAUGGACUUGCUCUUUGCAUACAUGUGGUACAUUUCUUAGAAUACGGUCAUCAGAAUCAUGUUAUCGCUAUCCAGAAAAAAAAACUACUUUAAGAAAUAGUCAUGGUCUCAAAUUAGGUUGUACUUGUAGAUUUAGAAAUGUAGCUAAAAUGUAAAUUAUUGGUAGCUAUAACUUGUGUAAGACAUUAGCUAAAUUAACAUGCUGUCUAAACAAAUGUACAAUAUCGUACAUUUCAUCAUCACUAGUGACUGACCACUUGUAUGCAUACAGAAUUCCCACCUGAUGUAGAAUGUAUUAGCAGACGAAGAAACUUAUUUGGAAAAGUUUACGCUUUUGUCGACCAUCGUGCAAUAUUGUGACUUCGUGCAAUGAACCAAGAUAGCUCACUGUGAUUUAUUUUUAUUGCAAAUAUUCAUUCCAAAUUUAAUAUCAAACAUUGAAAAUAAAAAAAAAUUAGUUGGUGUUUAGAUUGACAUAUUUCUGUGUUUACAGACAUGUACAUGGAUUAGAUUUGAGUAGAUUUUAGAGUUGAAGACCAGUUACCCACUGCCAUGUGUAACUUUUAAAUUAUUAAUAAUAGUUGCAUGCAUUACAAUCAUUGUAUCUUAACAGAGAACGUUUAAAGGGAUUUGUUUUCACAUUUUAAUUACAAAACAUUUCAUUUAAAAAAUUGUCAUAGUGUCGUAAAUUUUAUUAAAUCCAGUUCUUCAGUGAAUUGCCAAAGAAUUCAUAUAAAUAUUUUAUUUAUCAGACUUUUUUUAAAAGUUUGAAGUGCAAUGAGUGCAAGCUUUAAGGAUAUUUAUUUUACAUUUUUUUGUGAGACUGCGAGCAGAAAUAAUACUGCAAGCCUUCCAGACAAACAAGCUAGUUAUCCAAGGUGAAAACUAAUCAAGUGAAUUCUCAGACUUUAAAUAUACAUUCCAUGAAGUCCAGGUUUCCUGAACACUCACUUGCCCCCUCUAGUGUCAGAAGAGGGAAAUACAAUUGUGUGAAUUUGAUAAUUUCUUACUAUUUUGUAUUAUCCCUAUGAAGUACAAGAUCUAUUCUCAUUCCAUUUUUUUUUUAUAAAUAAUUUAUAAGGUGGGACAAAGGAUUUCUAGUGCAAUCUUUGGAUGGAAGAUGCUUGCUGUUUAUUGGCUAGUUUCUUUAAUUUAUUCAUGUCAUCUGUAAAAGUUUUAUAGUCUGGUUGCCAUGGUUGCUUUCUGUGUAUGUGGAACACAAUAAAUAAAUCAUAAACCAA